GCCCUCACGAACUCGUUGCGCUAUAAUUUAAUCAUGAAAUCUCUCUUUGUGCAUAAAAAAAAGAGAUCAAAGCAACCAUCAUUAAGGGCUUCGGUCCCUGGACUCAAAAGGCGUCUAUUCUGUUCAAUCUUUGCAAUUCGCCCAUCCGUGUCCCCUAGACCAGUAGGUGGUGACAAAGCGACUCUGCUCCUAUACCAUCAGUACUCGCAAUAUGAAAGAUUUGCUCUUGCAGUUUGGCUGCCUACUUGAGGCAUGUGGAGGAAUUUGGAAGUAUUUCGAGAGAAAGUGAUUAGUAGGACAAACUACGCUUAGGAAUACAAACCUUCAGUUGAAUUGGUCGAAACUCUUACAGAAUUUAAACCGUGAAACUACUACAUACUUGUCACUUUGUUUUGUUCGGUGAGAAAACAUGAUUCGGUAUUGCCUGCUGAUAUUAGUUGGUUUUAUUGGGUCUGCCGUGGGUCUUUUCAGCAACAUGGGCCCAGCCGUAGAUCUUUGGCUGUCCGCAGAUGAAGUGUCUCGAAUUUUAGGGAGGCGUGUCUCUGAGCCUCUUUAUAUCAUCCAAGAUGGGUUGGCCAACCCUUCUAUGUCCCCUUCGUUGUUGAGGAUCAACAAUGAUUCACUCUAUGAUCCGAACUUCAUUGAUCAAAAAACGAGAUUUAUUCUUCCUGCAAACAUCGACUCACUGAAGAUCUCUUGGCGAGCCCCUAAACCAUUCCAUUAUACUUUCAUGCAACUUCAAUCAAGCGAUCCUUCUCUCAUGGGGCCACCAUUACUCAGCAUCACAUUGGAAGAUAGUAUGCCAAACAAUAACACAGAAUUUCGGAUGGAUUUUCCUUGUACUGGUGAGAGGACUGGCAUAGCAUCAGUAAACGUCAUUCUGAGAAUUCGACACUUUAAGAGCGGUCUCGACAUCCCUGCAUCACCUAUACAUCUUAGUUUCGACAAACAGUGUGUGGAAGCGCCCACUUGUGAGCCUCGUUGUGCAAAUGGAGGUGUCUGUAAUCAGCUUGGACGAUGUGACUGUGCCGAGGGAUUCUAUGGUCAUUCUUGCAGAAUCAUAUUCUGCAUACCACACUGUUACAACUCGGGAACCUGUGUAGCUCCGGGUGUGUGCGAGUGCAAGAAAGGAUUUAUUGGAGAUCGGUGUCAAAAAGCUAUUUGCAAAGACGAUUGUAAUGGUCAUGGAUACUGCUAUAAACCUGGAAGCUGCUACUGCUAUCGAGGGUGGACGGGACCAAAAUGUGACAAACGUAUUGAUAAUUCUGCAAAAGCAUUACAGGCGACUUCCUAUCGAUCAAAAAACUUUCGACUUGUGAAGAACAGACGAUUCUGGGGUGACAGCUCAUAAUCUUUCGUUCAUUAGCUACAUUAAAUCAAGGACAAUUUACAAUAGACAGUGGCGUCUAUAGCGACAGGGGUCAUGGGGCAUGGAGAAAAUUAUGGAAAUAUAAUGACAGAGAUGAUGAGGGAAAGAGAAAUGGGGAAAGAGAGAGUGAGUAGGAGAAUUGGAGGGAGAGAUAUCGGGAAACGCUUCGAAAAAAUCCCCUUCCAGACUUCCCCCCAACAUGACCAAUAGUCAUGUCGCUUCGCUCUUUCAUUCACUAAUGUGGAUGCUUGGUAUCGUUGAACAUCACCUGUGGAGGUAACAACAUGCAAAUAUUGUACUUGACAUUCAUAUUGAAUUUUAAAGAAGAAUUUUGCGCAGAAAUGGGGGUGUUGACUUUCAUGGAAUUAAUAUUCAAAUACAUAUUUGACUCAGAAUUGAACGCCUAUUGUGAAGAUUGGUCGACGAUGAUGGUGGUGGAGCUACUGCCCGGAGCUACUGCUGGUGCUGAUGACGAUUCACUGCCCAUAACUUGUCAUUUUAAAACUGGAUUAUCUCUUGUCAGGGAAGUUGGAGUUACUCCCAUUUCCCUGGUCUCGUUGAUUUACUUGUGGAGGUAAUCAAUAUUACUAUGAUAUGCUCAAUUUAUAUUUGGGACAGCUACUAUGUUAUACUGCGCAUAAUACCACUAUCAUCUUGAUAUUGACUAUAGUCUUCAGAUUUACUGAAACUAAAAUUGUGAAUGUUGCUCGUACAGUGUUGCCCGUUACAGUGUUGGUAUAUAUAUAUCCGAUUCGAUGAAAAAAAUUAAAUCAAACUAAUAUCAUGAGGCAAUGAGAUCAAUAUAGGUUAAUAGAAUGCAAAAUGGCAGCUCAUCUUACUUGUGGGAGAUAUAAUAUCUUGUAUAGUUCAUGUAUUACUGUUGAAUAUCCUUUGUUUUGAUAUUUCAUCUUCAGGUUAUGCGAUUGAAAUAAAUGAGAAUUCCACUUUGCUAGGCAUAUUCAAGUUGUUCGUAUAAAGUCGCGCGUAAUUUUACGGAAAAGGUUUUGUUAAACCGCCCCCUUCAGAUUUAAUGAAAGUCACCCAGUUUAUUAAUGAUUUCGAUAUGUCUAACGAUCAUUCAGAUAGAAAUUUUGCAGAAAAAAGUUAUGGAUCCAUAAUUCAUCAUAAUUAAACAUUAUUCGAAAAGGAGAUCAAUAUUUCAAUAUAAAGCCAAUGUGAUGUGUUUCUUUAACACGUUGCAUAUGACGAGGAAUAAUGUGUAUUGUGGAUGAAACAAAAUGUAUAAUAUUGUUCCAAUGUGUGGACUUUAAUUUUUACCAUCACCAAUGUUACAAUUGAAUGUAUGGAAUUUUCAGUAAAGAUUUAUAUGCGUAAAAGAUAUAUCAAUGUUUAAUAGUAAAAUGAGUAAAAAAAUCCAGACAUGUGUUAAUAAAUUGGUAUUAUAAUCGUUGUGACCAUAAUUAUAUAUGACUAUAUAUGUCAUAAUAUGUACUGACAUUCUAAAUAAUUAUUUUGUAUAAACUUACGUACCAAAUGCCUUAAACCUUUUUAGUAACCGAAAUGCCAAACAGAAAAGGCGUGGCUUUGAAUAUAUUGUGGUAUUUUUUAUCUUUAUUAUAUAUACUGCAGUGUUCAAACAAUUAUUUUUAUUUCUCUAAUUUUAACAUAAAUAACCUGAUACAGUCAUUACAUUAUGCAUAGAAUAUUCAUGUGUGUGGAUACUCUUUUGAUAUUUAUGUUUUAAAUAAAAGAAAAAAAUGCUA